AUGAAAGUUCUCGGGUGUCUUGUGUUGUUCGCGGGUGUUGUGACAGCAGCAAUGAGUGCAGAGGCCGCGGAGAGGCACCGUAAGGGCUUCGGAGCGCAGGCCGAUGCAAGCAGACACUGGAUGACGGCGCAAGACGACACACCGGAGAAGUACACAUGCACCAAGACCAAAAAAUGCGAGAUCGGAUGUUGCGGGGAAUUAGAUAAAAACGGCGACGGAGUCUGCGGCCUAGGGCCGGACUACUGCGGCGACAAAUGUACCUCCACUUGCAAUUACAAGAGCGAGUGCGAUCCGGGUUGGGGCAUGAAAUGGUCCAACGCGUCGGCCUGUCCGCUGAACGUGUGCUGCAGCGAGUUCGGCUUCUGCGGCACCACACCGGACUUUUGUGCCGGUGAGGUGGUGUCCUCGCCCCAGUGUGAUCCGGCCAAGAACAGCUCCAAUGCCCGGACCAUCGGUUACUACGAGGGCUGGAACUGGCAGAGGCCAUGCGGCACCAUGACCCCCAAUAAGAUCCCGCUCGGGUACUACAGCCACAUCUUCUUUUCCUUCUCGCUGGUCAACCCCAAGACCUUCCGGUUGGAACCCAUGGACGACAAAACGGGCACGUUGUACGGCGCCGUGUCGAACCUGAAAUCACGGCAGCCAGAUCUCCAAGUGUGGCUCGCGGUCGGAGGCUGGGCCAUGAACGACCCGGGCCCGUAUCGGACCACGUUCUCCGACCUGGCCGCUUCGGAAGACGCCCAGGAUGAAUUCUUCGAGUCGCUCGCCUCGUUCAUGAUGAAGAACAACUAUGACGGCGUGGACAUUGACUGGGAGUAUCCCAUGGCUGACGACCGUGGCGGUAUUGAAGCCGAUUUCAAGAACUUUGUCAAGUUUUUGAAGCGGCUGCGCUCUCGGCUCAACCAGAUCGGCACCCCCAAGGGCCUAUCCAUCACCCUCCCCGCAUCAUAUUGGUAUUUGAAGGGGUUCGAUAUUGUCGGCCUUGAGCCGUAUGUGGACUUUUACAACGUAAUGACAUAUGAUAUACAUGGCGUCUGGGACUCAAAAGUCAAUUCCCUCGGGCCAUACGCCCGCGCUCACACCAACCUGACGGAAAUCGAGGAAGCGCUCAAGCUGCUCUGGCGCAACAACAUCAACCCGGAGCGUGUCAACCUCGGCAUCGGGUUCUACGGCCGCAGCUUCACCAUGAAGGACUCCAAAUGCAUGGAAGCCGGCUGCGAGUUUGAGAAGGGCGGCAGCGGCGGCGACUGUACCGGUACGCCCGGUGUGCUCUCUGCUCACGAGAUCACCCAAAUCAUCAAGAACGGCGCCAAGGUGACGCUCGACAAAGAGGCCGCCGUCGAGAUUGUCACCUGGGACGACAACCAGUGGGUGUCGUGGGACAACACCGAGACGUUGGCGAUGAAGGUCAAGUAUGCGAACGAGCGGUGCCUCGGCGGCGUGAUGGCGUGGGCCGUCGACCUCGAUGAUGGGACACUGAUCAAGUCGCUGGCGGGCACGGGUAGGGACACUCACAAUUAUGUGACCGGCGAGCGGUGGUUGCAGGGGUGUUUCGGGUCUGAGCUGCCGGCAUGGUCCCACUUCAAUGACACGGAUGCAGAUGAAGGCAAGUAA